AUGUGUGAUAGCUUUCAUGACCACUCCAAUCAACUAAAAGAUGCUGUAUGCAAGUUGGAGGCUCGUGGGAUGAAAGCUGCAGAGCUACAUGGAGAUCUUAGUAAGCUUUCUAGAUCAACCAUCUUAAAGAAAUUCAGUAAUGAGGAAGUGAGGGUGUUAGUGACGAAUGAACUUUCUGCUAGAGGAUUGGAUAUACCAGAAUGUGAUCUUGUAGUUAAUCUGGAAUUACCCACUGACUCAAUUCAUUAUGCACAUCGAGCCGGCAGAACUGGUCGUCUUGGAAGGAGAGGUAUUGUGGUUACCAUAUGUGAGGAGCCACAAGUCUUCGUCGUUUACAGAAGCAGCUUGGGAUCUGUAUUGAGGCUUGUGAGUUUACGGAGGGGAAACUUGCUGUGA